CAAAAACAGCCGAAGAAGAAGAAGGAGCAGGACUUGUGAUGCAUACUCUGCGCCAACAUGAAGGCUCCCGGGGCAGUUUCUGCCUUUCAUUUUAAAGAAUAAGCCUUGUUAUUUCUACAAGCGCUGAAUCUUCCUACCGGACUCAAGUAGAUGCAACACCGAAUCAAUAUCUUGGGUAAGACGGCUUUUUGUUGUGAUCUCAGCUCACAUGUGUGUGAAUGAGGGAUAAAGGCCGCGCGCUGAGCUAGCAUCGAGCUGUAUGGGUAACUUUAGCAUUAGCUUUAGUUAGCUUGUUCUGCCGAUUAAUAGGUUGUUUGUAUGAAAGAAUUCGCCAUUUUCCACUUAAACAUGCCUGUAUGAAUGUAAAAAAUACUCAUACUGACUCAUUAAGAGAAUAAACCCUGCAGCUGAUGUGGAAGUUGAGCUGAAGUGAACCUGCACUACAGACCCCUCAGGUAUUUAAGUGCAGUUUUAAAUGAAGUUUUAAACACCGGGGGGUAAAUGAGUCCGUUCAGGGAGUCGUGCAUGCUGUCGGUAACUGCAAAUAUCAAAACAAGUGUUGUUUUCAUGAAGGAUUGUUUGUUUGGGUGGGUGUCUAGUCCUGCAGAAUGUCCAAGAUCAGGCGGAAGGUAACAGUGGAGAAUUCAAAGACCAUAUCUGACAGCAGCAGCAGCACCACAACCAGCACCACCAGCAACCCCGCAGCCCCGUCCCGCAGGCCCAGUGUGUUCGAGAGACUUGGUCCCAGCACUGGAAGUAAUGCUGCUGAUGUAAGUACGACUUACAAUGUGAACCCUUACUUUUAGGAGCAAACUCUGACGAGAGUAGAUUCUCAGUCAUUUCUGACUUUCUAUGUUUACAGACAGGUUGAUAAUAAGAUUUAUUCAUUAUGACCUUCCGAUACCGAUUAUUAGGGGGGGGUAAUCGGCCGAUUACCGAUUAAUCGGCCGAUUUUUUUUUUUUUUUUCAUGAAGUUAAAAGAAAUAUAUACUGUAGGCUACUGCUACUGAUCAAACUUGUACCAGAAAAGCGUUUUCAACAACUAAUAGUAUAUACAGUCUAUGGAUCGAAGUCUUUAAAAACACCUAUGAAGUGCUGUCUUAGUACAGGAGCUAUGAAAACUCUCAAUAACAAUGUAAGCCCCUGAGCCCCAGCCCACUGGGUGGAUGAAGCUGUUGCUUAUAAGUCAUCAUCUCCUUGACUGUACAUAUAUAAAAAAUGCUCAGGGUUUAGGCCAAGGUUCCCUCUGUAAUUUUCAGCUAUGUUGUUGUCUGAUUGUCUUACUAAUAUGAAUAUUUUCUUGCAUCCCCCUCAUGAUGAUUGUGGUAUUGAAAUCGGCAUUUCCAUCCAGCUAAUUUGUCCGUGUCUUUCAGAGUCACUGUAGAAAUUGGCUGAAGACUGGUAACUGCAGUUACGGCAACACUUGUCGCUACACACAUGGCACUCAGCCACGAGGCAAAGGAUUUAGCUUUAGUCGGUAAGUUGGUUGGUUUUUGUCGGGUUUCCCUCCCGUGUGAAAAUCAGAGUGUUUGCAUUUCUGGAGUGUAGAUAUAAUGUUCUUACAAUUGGUGUGUGUAUUGUUUGGAACUUUUAAUGGAGCAGGUCAGCCGAGAGACCCACAGGUGAUCUGCGGGAGAGGAUGAAGAAUAAAAGACAGGAUGUUGACCCAGAAAACCUGAAGCGUGACCUAGACGAGCCCACAUCCCCCACAGUGAGAGUAAGUUUUGAGCUGAGAUUCUUUAAGAUUUGAAGUUCUGUCAAAACAAACACAAGACUCAGGUGCCACUUUUUACUCUGACUCUGAAGCCGCUGUAGAGUUAAAAGUACACUCACUAUUUAUGUCCAUGCAUGUGAUCAUCAGCAGCAGAGAGACUCCUCCAGAGGCCGACACAGAGAAAAGGAGGAUAUAAAGAUAACAAAGGAGCGCACCCCAGCCAGUGAAGAAGAGCCCACAGAGUGGGAGACAAACCGUGAAGGUAAAUCACACUCUUUUGUUCAGCUUGAAAGGAAGAGAAUUAACGAAUUUUAAAUCUUACAUCCAUCUAGUUUUGGACAUUGUUCGCAAGUGUGGAAAGUAUGGAAGUAAUUUGAUCAACUUCCAUUUCUUAAAAAGUAUUGUAAAUAAAAAAUAUGGAAAAAUCUUUAGGUUGCCAGACUAUGUCACCUCGGCUUAUUGUGUUGUUUCUUUUACGGUUGUUUCUCCUGAAGAUUCAGAUAUCGGCGACUACGACUACGAGUUAUCCCUCGAAAUGAAGCGCCAGAAGAUCCAACGAGAGCUGAUGAAAUUGGAAAACUUGGAAAAGAGGGAGGAGAUUGUCAUCAAGAAAGACGAGACCCCCGUCAAAACAAGAGCCACCGCCAUGGCUAAAGUGAGAGACUGAUUCUGUCUUUUUCUUUUAAAAGAGUGGAGAAUAUUUUAUCAUUCGGCUUGAUAAUGUUUUGUAAGUUUCUCCGCCACCCGGGCUUCAAAGUUGUCGCAGGAACUUUACUCGAACCUGAUCGGAUGUCUCUUUCCUCCAGGCUUCCCCAGAGGAGUUGAGCAACAGAGAUUCACCCUCACCCUCGAGGAAGUCCAGCGGAUCCCCAAAACACAAAGGUGGAGCUAAAGUCUCGGGAUCUGGAAAGAAGGAGAAGAAGGCGUCCGUGUCCUCACCUGUCUCAGAGUCUGCCAGGUAGAAACCUUUGGAAACAUCAUUAGACUUCGUUUAUUUACUUGUUGUUUUGGAUUUGCUUCUUUUAUUCCGUAAAAUAUGACAACUAUUUGAUCAAAUCACCCUGAGAGUGAAGAUUUUAGUUGUGGGGAAGCUUGACCUAUCUUAUGUCAAAAAGGGUCAUGAACCUUCUGGUAGUUCAUGUGUUUUCGUGUUGGAAGAGUCAUUACCUGCGUAGUCGUGGGUCUGAAUCCAAGUUAAAGACUCAGUUGAGUUAAAGUUACAGAUAUCUAGACUGACACUUUCCAAACUUUUCAAAAUUAGGUCCUCCAAAGGCAGCCACAGUAAGAAGAAAGGCCCCCGCACCCCAAGUCCUCCUCCGCCCGUCCCCUUGGAUCUCCCUGUGGUCGGGAAGAAACACAAAGGCAAGCACAAAAACAAGGAGAAGUCCGAGGAGAAGCAGAAGGAGGGCAAAGACCGAGGGCGGGAUACAGAGAAACACAAAGAGAAGAAGGAGAAACGCAGGUACAGGGUGGAGGAGGUUCAGAGGGGUGUAUUCUGUCAUCUGCAUUGAUGGCUGUUUGACUGUUUUCAUGCUCUUCUUGUUACGCUCACAGGGAUCGUUCUGACAGUUCCCAUAAGGCCAAGCGGUCCGUGACAUCAGAGGAGCGGUCUGGUAGUGUGUCGUCUCAUCCGACGUCGCCUCCAGCCAGGAAGAAAUCAGCCUCUCCAAAAACCUCGUCCCAUAAAUCCUCGGCACUCGCCUCUCCUCCCCACAGGUGAGCAAACGUGGAAAACGGUUAAUCCGCCUCCCAGCAAAACCAAAAUCAUAGCAUCUUCUGAUAAAAGUGUUUCGUCACCGCAGGUCACCUACUCCUCCACGCCGCCAGCACACCCCAACUCCUCCCCGCCAUCACUCUCCCUCCUCUCACUCUGGCUCCUCCGCUCAGCGGCACUCUUCGUCCCCUCACCGUCGCCGCUCGUCCUCUCCCGCCUACCGCCGAAGCUCAGCGGCCGCGACCUCCACCCCUCCCAGCUCCCGACGUUCCCCGUCGCCCCCUCCUUCCCAGGAUAACUCGUCGCCUCACCGCCAGUCUGACAGGUCCACCCCCAGCCGGCGCCACUCCAGGGGCCGCGAGAGGAGCCGGGGUGAGAGGGAGAGGAGUCCGCCCGCUCAGGAGCGCAGACACGAGCGCAGAGAUGGUAACUUUGUCUGUAGUUUGCUUUUGUAUUUGUCCUGAGUGGAAUAAAUUUUAUUUUCUUGAUGCAAAAAUAAAAAAAUUUGAAUCUGAAAUCCGUCUUUCCAAAAGUGGUAAAGCCCGGUGUCUCUGCUCCACAGAAAGCCGCAGCAAACGAGAGAAAGACAGCAUCCGUGACGACCGGGACUACGACUCCGAACAGGUCUCGUCACGUGACACUCGUGACGACAGGGACACCAGAGAGUCCAGAGAGCGACGGGACACUCGUGACCGCGGGAGAGAAGCCACCCGAGAAUCCCGCGACUAUCGGGACAGCAGAGACCCGAAGGACUCCAGAGAGAGUCGGACUGAGACGCGCUCCAGCCGGGAGUCGCUGGAGCUUCGUGACCGCGAGCGGGAACGAGAGAGGGAGCGGGAUAAGGAGAGGGAAAAGGACAGAGAGCGAGAGAAGGAGCGAGAGAGGGAGAGGACUGAAGCCCAUAGGAAGGAGGAAGCCGCUCAGGAGGACAGGAGUUACGGAAGAGGGCACGGACGAGAAGACGGAGGGAGAGCCGACGGGAGGACAGAGACGAGGGCGGACAGAGUCGAGAGGAACGGGCGAGGGAGAGGGCGCGCGAAUGAAACGACCGAAAAAGGCAGGACAUGUCAAAAUUAAUCUUUCUAGUCUGUUUGUUGCGGCUGAUAGAGUUUUAAAAUCAAGCUUUUCUUCUUCUUCCUCCAGCCUCAAACAGAAACUCCCGCGGUUCCCAGCUGGAAAGCAGUCACGACAGCUGGGAGUCACGCAGCAGCGCGGCGCGCGAACGCAGUGUAGAGAGGAGCGCAGAUCGCAGCGCUACAGAGAGAAGCUCCGACAGGGGUUCAGACCGAGACCGCUAUGAGGGCGACAGGAGAGGAGAACCGACACGGGACUCCUCCUACGACAGGAGAGGAGGCCACGGGGAGCGGGAUCGCAGAGACAACCGAGACAGAGGUAGAGGAAAGACCAGCUUUCAUUUUCUCUAACAGUUUUUUACACGGUGUCUUAACUCUCAAGGAAAUGGGCUUGUAGAGGAAGAGCACAGGUUUAAAAUGUUAUGAAAUGGUCUUUAAUAUCUGUGUUUCCUCAUUUUUUAAAAUUUCUGUUUCUCAGAUCAGAGAGCAGCCUCUCCAAACAGACACCAGGGGAGGUCAGAGGACUCUGAGAGAGAGGACAGGAGGGAUGACCGCAGGACAGACGACAGGCGAGACGACAGGGCCCGAGACCGGGAGCGUGAGAGAGAAAGAGAGAGGGAAAGGGAGAGGGAGAAAGAGAAGGACCGAGAGCGAGAGAGGGAUCGGGAAAAAGAGCGGGAGAAGGAGAGGGAGGCCGAGAGGGAGCGAGCUCGAGAGAGAGAGCGGGAAAGGGAGAGGGAGAGGGAACGCGAGAGGGAGAGGGAAAGAGAGAGGGAGAGGGAAAGGGAGCGGGAGGAGCGCGAGAGGGAGAGGGAGGAAAGGGAGAGGGAGAGGAAAGAGCGAGAGAGGGAGCGGGAGAGAGAAAGGGAGCAGAGGGAGAGAGAGAGGCAGAGGGAAUGGGAGGAACGAGAGAGAGGGAGAGAGGAGAGGAGGGAGGGAAGGGAGAGGAGGGAGGACACGAGGGACGACCGACCUGUGAGAGACUCCCGGGAUGACCGCAAGACGAGGCGAGUACCAACACAUGAAAUAAAUCUCUUUAUUUUGACUCAGUAUCAAUCAGACGUCAUAGAUUAUUAUUAUUUUUUGCUCAUUGAUUAUCAUUGAUUGAAAACAAAGAGUCGGUAAUGAAGCUGUAUCUGUGGCAGGGGAAACAGUUACUAUUUACAAUGCUGAUUUACAUAUUUGUAUUUAUAUCCGGCUGUUAAGCCGUGACGUAGCCGCGUUCUCUUUUUCCACUUCCGGGUCCAGCGGAGUUGUCGUUAUAAUGCCUCACUGCUAUGUCCCUUGCUGCUUAAACUGAUCAGAGACAAAAGCAGCGACUAAACUAUCAUUCUACAUAUUUCCUCCCAACAACAAAGACAACAAAAUGACUAUCAUUUCUGUAUUGUAUCCAUAGACUGUAUACAGUCUAUGAUCGUAUCACAAACACACGGCAUCACAUCCAUUCAUUCAUUGAAUUCAAAGCUUUGCGCACCAAAGCCUCGGGGUGUCUUUGGUUUAUCGUUUUACAUUUAUUGUCCACUUGAUGGCGCAAUAGAGCAAAUGAAGCACGAUCAUGAAGCUUCGGCCCAGGAGGCGAGUAAUUGGAUGAAAAGCUUCGAUGCUUCAUGAGGCUUCAUCUCGCCAUCACUAAAAUUUACGUUAAUAACUCUAUCCGAGUUGAAAGCUUUAAGUCCCUUUUUAACUCUGAGUGGUUCCCUUCUGAAAACUGAGGUUAUUUUAAAGAGAUUCACGGGUUCUGCCAUUGUUGUUUUGAAUGGAGAGUGAAUGGAGGCUGAUUCCCCAUGGACCCGGAAGCCGCUCCGCUCACAAAAUGACGUCACGCUUAACAGCCGGAUUACCUAUUGUUUCCUAUCUUUUCAAACUUAUGAAGUUUCAUGAAGUUAGUUUACGAGUUAAUAGUUAAUUAAGUUAUCACAAAAUAUGAUUGUGUCAAAAGAUCAUUUUUCAUGUAUGAUCCAUUUAAACCCUUUGAAACAGGAGUCAACAGUUUUCUUUGAAUGAAUUUUAUGUCCUUUCAAAUAUUUGUCUAUCCAAAAUGUUUUGGAGAUAGUUCAUAAGUUUUUGGUCAGGUUUCAAAAAUCAUCCAAGUUAUCGUUAAAGGCUCCAAACAAGAGAGAUUUUGUUGUAACUUUGUAUUCAUAAUUUUCUUUUCUUUUUUUUUUUUUUUUUCAAAAUUCUUUUUAAGUUUUCUCUUGGAUGUAUUUCAACAGCAAAUGUCAGGGCACAAGGAAUUCACUUUAUCACCUUAAAAUAAAAGGAUUAUAAGAAAAAUAAAUAAAUUAGAUGAAUAAAUCUGUAAAUUUCAAAGUAAAGACAGUGCUAAGAUCAUACAGAAUCAGAUCAUACCAAAGCAAUGCAAGUUAAAUAAAAUAAAAUAACCAUAUAGAGGACAUGGAGAGGAAAAAAAGAUUUUAAAAAAAUAAAGUAAAACAAACAAAAAAGUGUAAAAAAAAAAAAAUUUAAAUAAAAUAACCAUAUAGAGGACGAAGAGGACAAAAAAGAUUUUUUUUUAAAAGUAAAACAAGCAAAAAAUUGUAAAAAAAAAUAAUAAAAUAAAAGCUAAAACAAAAAAACAAAAGGGGGCGGGCACAAAGACAAAUCCAAAAUUAAAAAAUAUUUUUCUUUAAACAGUAGCUGUUUGAGUGAAAAUCUACCUAAAAAUAAGACAUUUUCAAACCUGUAGAGAUGAUUUACAAAAGAAAAACCUGGUGUCUUAAGAUUGAGCCCUGUGGAACGCCUGCUUAACGAAAGAAGAUUAAAACUAUUCAGCUGCAACAGAACAAAGCUGCACCUCCGCCUCUUCGAAUAGUCAAAGGGCCUCAGUGUUGCUCCUGACAGAAACUGAAUUAACAUUCUCUUUUUUAUGAUUAUUAUUUUCUUCCUCAUAGUCGUAAGAGACCCAGAGUGGAGAGCAGCCCGAGCCCCCGACCCUCACCUAAGAGAGCCGCACGGGACCUCAGCCCGGCGGACAGCGACGGCUACAACAGCGCAGAGGACAAAAGUGAGCGCCCGAUUGGCCGAGGGCAGGCCAAGCUCCACCCACAGCCCCUCCUCCCCAGCCCAGUGUGUCCGCCUUCAUCUGACAGUAGGGAAAUUCUUUUUGAAAGGACACACUCCUAUUCACUGGGGAAUGCACCUCUCUUAACGCAGCAUUUGUAGAAGAUAAACACACUUUAAAUGAUUUCUUUUCUUUUUUUGCAUCUCACCAUCUUUCUAAUCCUUUUAAAAAAUAAAAAAAAUAAAAAACCUCUUUAAAUUUCUUUGACUUCUACAGUUCCUCUAUUAAAAAGUCUCAGUUUCUACUUAAACACACCAAAAAAAGUUCUGAUCGUGGGUUUGUGGCUCGUCUGUGUGUGUGCUCUUUAGGCGACAAACACCGUUUGCUGAGCCAGGUCGUACGGCCCCAAGAGCCCCUGCUCCGCUCUCCUCCCAGAUCCGCCUCAGACGAAAAGCCUGGCCACUGGAAGGACGAGGAGCGCAGAGGAGGCGGGGACAAAAGGGAGGCACGAGGCCGCCUGGAGGACCUGGAACCUCGCGAACGAAGCAGAGGAGGCGGGGACAGACGGGGAGAACACCUCGCCGACACCUUAUCUGACUCUCGCAGCAGAGCGAGGGACCAGCGGGAUUCGACCCCACCUCCUCCAGCUUCAAGCCUCCCUGCAAGCAGCGAAGACAGAGACACAGCGGGGUCGCAGUCUCAUGAGGAAGGCAAGAAGAAGACCAAGUCCCAGAGGAAGGGCUUGAAAAAGGGUCGGAAGGAAGAAGACGUUGGCGGCGGGAGGAGCCUCGUUGGUGCGGGAGAUCGUUUCAACCCUGAGCCCCCUGCUGACGGACCUCCACCUCUACACUCCCCCAGGAAAGGAGCCAAGAGGAAGGUGCUGGAACGAAAGAAACGCUCCCAAGGAGAAUCGGACGUGUCUGAGGAUGAUUCAUCUGCCCAUCAGCCGCACAGUAAGAGGAAGAAAGGGCCGCGUACGCCGCCGCCAUCGAUGAGACCUGAUCAUCGCAGCACAGGAGGUAACACAGAGCGGUCUCCGCUCUCUAAAAUGGACAACUUCAGCGACUGGUCAGAUGAGGAGGUCCUGGACAGAGGAGGACCUCUGGAUAUUCAGGCCUCCCUCACCGCUGCAGAGAGAGCUCCCGCUGAGCCCCCUCGCAGAGGCGGCACUCGGGCGGGCAAGGACAGAGGGCGCUGUAACCCUCCUCCUAUUGCACCUCUCCUCUCGCAGGAGCCCCCAAUGCUGCUGCAGACUCUGACCCCCCAGCCGCUCAUGUCUCAGCAUCUGCUCCGUAAGCCUCCCCCCGAGCAGACGCGCAGCAGCAGCAUGGGGAGCAACCAGAGCCGCACGUCGUCCAGGCGGCUGCGAUCACCUUCCAACGAGUCCGCCCACAGAGACGACCCGCAAGGCCCCAGAUCCCGGCGGGGGAGGCUGCAGGGGACGAACUCUCGGGACAGAGAGCGGGAGAGAGAACGAGAGAGGGAACGGGAGAGGGAGAGGCAGCCGCUGAACGAUCCACCAGGAGCUGAGAGGAAGUCUCGGAUCGACCAGCUGAAGAGAGGAGAGCCGAGCCGCAGCACCUCCUCAGGUAGAUCAACGCUUGAACGUUUUUUCCACCACAACAGCCUCCGUAACGUUUAACGUUCGACUUCAGGGAUGGUCUUUGACUUCUGUUGUCCCGACAUCUAAAUAUUGUUCUGUUUUUUCUUUCAGACCGUCAGGACUCUCGCAGCCACAGCUCCAGGCGUAGCUCCCCCGACUCCGAGCGACAGGCAAGAUCCCGCGCCGGCUCCUACGACAGCCGGGAACGCGAGAGGGACAGGGAGCCGUUUGAGCGGGAGCGAGAAAGAGAGAGGGAGCGAGAGAGAGACCGGAAGGACCUGCGACCUCAACAGCCGCCGCAGCAGCCGCUCCUCCUCCAGCAGCCCCUGCAGCAGCAGAGAGACUGGGAGCCUGAACCCAGAGACUGGCCCGGUAGAGGGCGGGAGCCUCUACUGAUGAGACCGGGUCGGGAGCCGCUCCUCCGAGAGCGGGACAUCAGGGAGAGGGAGCGCUUACUCCCAGAGGGACUCAUCCAGCAGCACGAGCGCGAGCGGGAGAGAGAGAGGGAGCGAGAGCGCGAGAGGGACGGCAGGGGAGGCGAUCGAGAGAGGGAGAGGAUGAUGAUGAUGGACCUGCCGCCCCACGGUGACCCCAGAGCGCCGGGACGAGGGGACAUGAGAGGAGACCCGCGAGGGGACAUGAUGAGACAGGACCGGGUCGACUACGAGCCUCUUCUGCCGAGAGAAGCCUUCAGCCCUCCGGAGACGGAGAAGCCGAGCAACAGUCACCAUCUGAUGGCGGAGCACCGGGAACUGGAGAAGACGGACAGCUUGGACGGUAAGACGAGUAAAAAAGUGUAGAAGAGGUUUUUUGAUGAGAAUUCUGAGCUGGAUUUGAAGGAAUCCAUGUUUGUGGUGUUCCCAGGAGACGAGGACGGGAAAGAGGAUGAUGGGCAGUCUGUCGCAUCUGUCGGCGAGGAGUAUGAACCAAUCAGCGAUGAUGAGCUUGACGAAAUUCUCAACGACAGCCAGAAAAAAGAGGAUCAGCAGGAGGAUGAGAAGAUUACAGGUACUGAGAGAAGCAAACUCACCGAAACUUCAACGACUUCUCAGGUGCUCCUUCUGGAAAUUAAAUCCUCGUUUCAUGUCUCAUCAGGUCCUUUGGAUGUGAUCGAUGUGGACUGGUCCAGCCUGAUGCCCAAACAGAAGCAGGAGCCCCGGGCGGCAGGGGCGGCGUUGCUCCGUUUCACCCCAGGGGCCGUGCUCCUCAGGGCGGGCGUCUCCAAGCGGCUAGCUGGGCCUGAGCUCCUGGAGCGAGUCAAAGAGGUGUGCAAGACGGAGCUGGACGACCCUAAAGGUGAGAGAUUGGGAGAGUCGACGUUUUGAAAAUGAACAACCUGAGAUGCGAAACUCCUCUAAAUCUUUGCAAACUCUUUUUUUUUUUUUUUCAGAAGCUGACAAGCUGUUCGAGCAUGACCUCGGCGCUCUGAAUAUGGCGGCCCUGAACAGGCGGGUGGAGAGAGCAGGUUUACUGACGAACCUCGGGCCCUGCUGUAAGGCUCUGUGCGCUCGCAGGGACUUCGCCAUCCGCCGGCAGCUGUUAAAGAAUGAAAAAGUAAGUGACAUCCAGCCGCAGUCAGUCAAACCCAGGGUUCCUACUCAGUUGGAAUUUCCAUAAUUUUCCAUACUCUACUUUUUACAAUUAUUUCUGUAAAUACCUACUUUGCUAUUUUAGAAAAAAAAUAUUUUUUAACUGUGGUAAAAGUCUAGAAACCUAAAAAUAUAUUUUUUUAAGACCUGGAAAUUAAUCAAAUUACUUCUAUACUUUUCCAUCCUUACGUAGGAACCCUGCAAACAUAAAUUGACUUUAAUGUAUUUGUUUUAGAGCCGUCAAAUAAUUACAUUUUUAUUUUUAAUAUUAUUUGUUUUUCUGAAACAUUUUGAAGCCCACAUUAUCACGAUGAGACAAUUUCUCCUAAUGUCUUUAAAAUCAAGUGAUCUUGGCUACAAGAGGGACAUUCAACUGUUGGAUGUGAUGCGAUUUAUUUCAAGCGAACCUGCUUCCUCUUGAUUAUUAAUCAGCUGUAGCCGCCCAUUAAAGCUACCACUAUUGAAAGUUUGUUCUUUGUAGAGUAGGCAUGUGCCGAUAUGAAAAAUUUGAUAUCACGAUAUUGGUGACCCAAAAUAUCGUGAUUCACGAUAUUAUCAUGAUAUUAGCGCAUUGUUUUAAACGUUAUAAAAAUGUUGGGAGCAUUAGCUUUUUGGAGCUAAAGUUAGCAGAAACGUCUCUAACGUUGUCAAUAAUAAGCAGUAGAGUAGACCAAACUUGUUGCAGUCAUGUUGUUUUUACCUUGAUUUGGGCGAACGAUGCUGGAUGGUGAAACGUAAAACGUCCAUACUGCCGACGAAACCUUUUUAAUAGGAGGAUACAGCCGAGGCGUUUCGUCAUUCUCAGUCUGCGACUGUUCUUGGUCCAGCUGCAUCGUUACGUUGGUUAGAAGUUCGAACGUGUGUGUCAACUUUUUUUUUUCUUUCUUCAAACUGUUUCCGGUUCACAGAGUGGACACGCUCCAACAGUUCUUUGGGUGGCCGCAAUGCAUUGUGAGUGGCCACGCUUUUUAUUGUAAAAUUUCUUCAUUUUCUCUUUUUAUGUUCCUGUUUUUGUUAGGCUGGCAUUAAUGUACUUAAUUCGAGAGUUUGUUUUGGUUUUGGGACUACUUUUGUGGUGGUUUGUUUGUACAUUUUGCUACCGAGGCUUUGACACCGUGGGUAAGACUACAAGCAGGUUAGGUUGGUAAGUACUCGGCUUUGCUCGCCUCUGCUGAGUGACGCUGCCACUCGUCUUUAAAUUAUAAUUGUGGAACGAUUAUUACAGCACCUUACGAUUUCAUCAACGCGGCCGUUUAAUAUCGCAUAUCGCGAUUAAAUCGUAUAUCGGCGCAUGCCUAUUGUAGAGUUGACCGGUCAUUUUUGUAAACUAUACAGUCUUUUACAAGUGAAGAUGGGUCGUUUUUCUGGUGACACAAAAAAGAUGUGUCCGGUUAAAAAAAUCAUCUCACCUCUGCCAAAGCUUACUCUUAAUGUUGUUGGAUACUCUAGAUUUCACUCUUGGACAGUGACUUGAAAUACCGACCCCCUUUCUGUGGAGGAUCAGGAGCAUUUGCCCUGCUGUUUUCCGAGUUCAUGUCCCCAAAAACAUGAAAUCUGUGUCUAAAUCAGUGUUCAUAACUUCCAUAUUUGCAUCAGUUUCUCAACUAAACUUUACAAACACAUAUUUGAUGUGACUUCUCUUCCUCCAGGGCCUGACCAAACAGUACCCUGCUACACCUGUGGUCGACACAGAGCUGCUGCAAAUGAGCAUGCGUCUCUUCAGAAGGACCAUGGCGGGCCAAACCUCGGGACCAGAGAGGUCUGACGUGGGGUCAGCACCUGCAUCAGAGGUUUCCGCGGCAGGUAGUGGUAGUAAGGUUAGCCCAGCGCAGACUGAGGUGUGUGUGUCCUGA